AUGGAGACGGUGCCUCUUGGAGGCCAGACAGAUGCUGAUCUUCCUCCUGUACUCAAGAGACCUACCAUGACAAAAUUGAAUUUCCAUCUGAGGAAAAAGGUCCUAGAGAUGCAGUUGGGAAUUCCCAUACAGGCAAGGAGGUCCAGGGACCAAACUGUGGCUGUCCCUGGGAACAUAUCCACACAAGAGGCAUUUGGGAGUCUAACCAACCAGGAACUCACCACCCCAGCAGACACUGCACAUAGCCCAGAAGCAGAAUGGGCCCACCUUAAAGGACUUCUGAUCACUGAGCUAAAGGCAGUGCUCCUGAGAUGGAAACUAGCUAAGUCCAGAGAAGUGCCCCAUGCUUCUGGCCACUGUGUCUCCCAGAUCUCCCAACCCAGUGUGGACAAGGCAGAUGCCCAGGUGCUUUGUGAUCAGGUGGAAGCCAGCAUGAACAGCCCCAGUCUGGAGGAGGCCUGGCGCCCUGAAUCCCAAGGCCCUGGCCAAAGCAAGGACUCAGCCCAAGUGCCCACCCUGGGAGAGAAGAAAGAGGACCCAGGGAAACCCAAGCCAGCAGGGGACGGUGGAGAAGGGGACACAAGGGUUGGGCUCCCCCCAACCAGAGAAAACAGACACCCUGCUGAAGACCAGAGGCCAGCAGGUUCCUGGCGAAGGAACCUUAGCUACAUUCUUGCUGUCUCAUGUCAGGAGAGUCCCAAGGAGAUAGUCUUUCCAGAGGUACUUUCAGGAGUCCCUUGUGGAGAAGAAUCUGAGAAGAAUCCCCUGCAAGACAAUCAGGUCAAGCUGAAUCUCACCAAAAAGCCAGCAAGUAUUCCUGCAAUUCCCAAGCAUGUGGUACCCCACACUUCACAGGGCCAGUUCAAGAAAGUGACCCAAACCAGAAAAAACAGUGCCGAAACGAUCCUGGCCCAAGUCAAAGACCGUACAGGAGAAGCUAAGACAAAUGAGACAACUGGGGACUCCAAGACUCAGUUUGCUCCUACUGAGAGACACGCAGACCUGGCCCUGUUGGAUAGUCCCCAGGCCCUGGACAGUCAGCUGCAGCACCAACCUCGUCAACGCCUCUCUGCCUCUCUCCUGGGCUACUUGCGCCACUGUUUUCAAUGCUUUCCUCUAGUGGCUUGUGCCACUCAACAAGGGAACCCAACCUAG